AUGGACAGCGGGAUGUUGGGCCAAUGUCUCGGCGUCUUCGCCCUGAGCCUAUACAGCUUCCGCUUCCUUCAUGACAUCGGUCUCUAUCGCUGUAUCCUCUCUUGGCAGUUCACCAUCUGGUCGCUGCACGUGGCGCCGGUGGUGUCUUUGCGACUUCUAGGAGUGGAGUCUUUGGAGCUGCUUCUGGUGGCUUGGCUGGGUGUGAGCUGGGCCGCCCGGGGCUUUCACUGCUGCGGCUUCAGUCUGGGGAUGCUGGCGCUGGAGCUGGCGGCUUUCCUUGGGGAUCUGCGGGAGUGGCUGGAAGCCUUCUUCGCACUGCAGCUGGUCAUCGUCUCGGUCUUUUGGCUCGGCAUGCUGGUGGCCUGCUGCCUGGACGAUUUCACCUUCUGCCCUUUGGAUAGACACCUGCACAAGGGCUUCCGCCACUUCCUGCACUCCGCGGCGGCCAAGCGCUGCUUCCUGCACGAGUUCGCCAGCCAUUGCGUGGCGCAGCUCCUCUUCGCGGAUUUGCUGCGGCGACACCUGGGCUACACGCCGCCGCUCUGGCCGGCGCUGCUGCGCGCGCUGCCCCUGCAGGCCUUCUAUGCAGCUAUGGUCCUGUUUGCAGCCGUGGUGACUCCGCCCCACGCGCUGCCUUACAGCAUGGGCACGGUGCCGAAGAUUCUGCAGUUGCCAGUGCCUUUACCUGCUUGGCUUCGGGGUGACGGCGCUAGAGGAAGCGUGGACAAAGACAACUUCCCCUGGUGGGCGAAGAUGCCACAGAUGGAGGACCUCAAGAGGGGCAAGGAGGACUAG